AUGUUGCCGAUGCAACUAAGUGGAAAGGCCGCCAAGAAGUCCGGAAAGGCGCAGAAAGUCAUCUUCAAGGGAGAGAAGAAGAAGAGGAGAGAGCGCAGGAAAGAAAGCUAUGCCAUCUACAUCUACAAGGUGUUGAAGCAGGUCCACCCGGACACCGGAGUCUCGUCGAAGGCCAUGAGCAUCAUGAACAGCUUCGUCAAUGACAUCUUCGAACGUAUUGCUGCUGAGUCCCGCGAAAUCCAAACUGCUGUCCAUCUGCUGCUGCCGGGUGAGUUGGUCAAGCACGCUGUCUCUGAAGGAACCAAGGCCGUUACCAAGUACACUAGCUCCAAGUGA